UGUUUGGAAAGAUCCAAGAAAAGAGUCGUAUUUAGUUUGUUUUGAAAGCUAAUCCUUUAUCUCUCUGAACCGCAAUAUCAUUAAUAUCCUUAUCCUGUUCCUGAUUAUGCCACUAUUAAUAGUGAACAAUCUCAUCCAUUUUUCACCUAUAUAUGUUCUACCAUAUGUGUGUUUCUGUAUAAUUAUACCGAGUAUUAUUUGGUAGCUUUUUAUUUUUGGGUCAAAAUGGCGAAAGUGUCUCUGUUUUGGAGUUUUCUUACAUUGACUUUUUUGUUUGCUAGUAUUAGUGAGUGUUCUGAUGAAAUUGGAAUUUAUGAAUUGAAGAGAGGAGAUUUCUCUUUGAAGCUCACUAAUUGGGGUGCCACUGUUAUGUCUGUUAUCCUUCCUGAUAGAAAUGGGAAAUUGGAUGAUGUUGUUCUUGGAUUCGACACGCCUAAGGAGUAUAUGAAUGAUACAGUCUACUUUGGAGCCCUUGUGGGUCGUGUUGCAAACAGGAUUGCAAAUGCAGAAUUUACAUUAGAUGGCAAAGUCUACAAAUUAGUGGCUAAUGAAGGAAAGAACACGCUACACGGUGGCCUUAUGGGGUUUAGUGAUGUUGUUUGGACAGUAGAAAGUCACAAAGUAGAUAGUCAUAUAACAUUCACCUAUAACAGCUAUGAUGGUGAACAAGGCUUCCCUGGAAAUCUUUCUGUUAUGGUAACAUACAUGUUCCUUGGCACAAACAAAUUGGGUAUUAAAAUGGAAGCCAAGGCUCCCAACAAGGCCACUCCAGUAAACCUAGCUCAUCAUGGUUACUGGAACCUCCGUGGCCAUAACAGCGGCGAUAUCCUCUCCCAAAAGCUCCAGAUUUUUGGUUCCAGUGUUACACCAGUUGAUAAAAAUCUCAUCCCCACUGGAAAAAUUGUCCCUGUCAAAGGAACACCUUACGAUUUCCUUGCUUCCCAUGAAAUUGGAAGCUUGAUCAAUGAGCUACCAGAUGGAUAUGACAUUAACUAUGUGCUGGACAAAAGUAACCCUGCACAUUUGAGGAGAGCGGCUUUGAUGCAAGACCCGGUUUCAGGGCGAAAAAUGGAGCUUUGGACUAACCAGCCAGGGUUGCAAUUCUAUUCAAGCAACAUGUUGCACAACGUGAAGGGCAAAGAUGGUGCUGUUUACCACAAGUUUGCUGCAGUUGCUUUGGAGACACAAGGUUUCCCCAACUCUGUGAAUCAACCAAAUUUCCCUUCACAAAUUAUCAAUCCUGGAGAGAAAUAUUUGCAUGUCAUGGUUUAUAGAUUUACUGCAGACUAGAUUAGAACCAGCUUGACAAGUAAACCAGUUUCAUUACCAGCAAUCAUUUAUAAUAAUUAGCUCGGCAGGAAACCUCUCCUAAUUGACAAUUUAUUAAAUGUUUUAUUAUACUUGUCUAAUCUUGGUUAUAGUUUGGAAUAAUAAAGAAAUAGUUGCUAUUGCA